AUGGAGGAGAUCAUCGGCCGCUCCUCCCCGCGCGGCCACGGCGGCUCCGGUUCCCUCCUCAGGAAGCGGUGCCGGUCGGAGAUGGAGGCGGUGCGAGGCCUCCUCAAGAAGGCGGAGGCGCUGGUGCGCAAGGCGGCGGCGGGGGCGGCGGCGCGCCGCCCGCUCCCUCGCCGCGUCAAGGACAAGGAGGCCAUGACCAUGGCCCAGAAGGAGCAGCUGGUCGGCCUCCUGUCGUCGCUGCCGGCGGGGAUCCUCCCGUCGCACGUCGCCGACUUCAUGCGGCGCCGGUGCAGCUGGCGCGCGGUUCCCGGCGUUGACGGCGACGACGACGAGCUGGAGAUCGAUCUCGGCUCCACGGAAGACGCCGCGCUGUUCGAGCUGAGGAAGAUGCUCGACGACGAGGCCGCCGUUCGCCGCACGUCGCCCCGCGGACUCGAGGACGGCGAGGUCGCCGAUGAGUACAUGGACAUCUGCGGCGGCGUCUCUCCCCUGCCGGCGGCGGCGCGCAAGCCUCCUCCUCUCGCCUUAUCAUCACCACCUGCAGCCGCAGAGCAAGAAGACGAUCUCAUCGACAUCUUUGGCGGCGACUCUCCUCUACCGGCGCACGAGGAUCUCCUCGACGCGUCGCCGCUCGUCAAGCCAGAAGCCGACGAGUUCGUCGACAUCGACGGCGACACAAUCGACAAGUCGCCAGGAAAUCCUAGCUCAACCACCACCGGUUCGAGCAGCGGCAACGCCUCCGGAUCAUCAAGCACAUCCGCCUCCUCUUCAGGCAGCGACUCCGACUCCGACGGCGGCGGCGUCGGCGACACCGCGAGCAGCAACCCAAACACAGCAAACCAUCUCCCCGUCGUCGUCGUCGAAGCUGUGGCCACCAAACCAUUGGAGCCGCAGCCGCCGCAGGUCGCCGAACAAGCUUACAAGAUGGGGGAGAAGCUGACCCGGAGCCGGAGAGAAGCAGCUCCAGCUCCGGCUCCGGCCGGUCGGAUGAGCGAGCUCAUCGCCAGAGCGCAAGCGGAGAGGCUCCGCCGCGACGCCGAGAGGAAGAGGGCGCGCGAGGAACAACCACGUUGA